UCCACACCAAUUCUACUCCGCCGCCGCCGCCGGAUUCGAUGCGCGCGGCCCCCUCGCGAUAAGCAGUCUUCGGAACCGGAGAGGUUCGUGAAGCGAUCCGACGAGCGAUGGGCGAGCUGGCCUCGACCUCGCCGCCCCCGCCGGCGACCAUGGCGACGGCGGUGCUGCAGGUGGUGUUCGUGGACGGCGAGCGGACUGUGGACCUGGGCACGGUGACGGUGCAGCCGUCCCUGGGCGUGCGCAAGCUGCAGGCCGUGGUGGCGGACCGCGUGGGCGUCUCCCCGCACCAGAUCUCGGCCUCCCUCGCCCGCCCCCGCCGCCCGCGCCGCGCGCCGCUCGACGACGGCGCGGACCUCGCCGCCGCCGUCGCGCGCGAGGGGCCCGGCUGCUACGUGCUCGCCGCGCUCCGCCGCUCCCGACGCGACCGCCGCGGGGGCCGCUCCCGCCGCGACCGCAAGGCCGGCGGCGCCGGGCUCCUCCUCUCCCCCUCCCAGCAGCAGCAGGCGCCGCUGCUCGUCCCCUCGGCGGAGAUGACCAUCCUCAAGCGCCUCCCGCCCACGGAUCUGGCCUCCCUCGCCUCGUCGCCCCCGCCGGCGGCGUUCGGCGGCUGGGACUACGACUACGACGCGCAGCUCCGGGAACUCCAGCGGCAGCGCGAGUGGUACCUGCUCAGCACCGCCGCCACCGACCCGUACCCGCUCCCGCAGGAGGACCCGUUCUGGUACGGGUCGACGACGCCGCGCUCGUCGCCGUGCCCGGAGUGCGAGGCGGCGGCCGCGGCCAUGCGCGCGCCGGGGUUCCACUGGUGCGUGCGCGACGCCGUCACCGUCGCCUUCCGCUCGCCCGUCGGCCCCAUCGAGCGGCCCAAGAAGACGCCCUCCCCUUCGCCGUCGCCCUCCCCGUCCCCGCCGCCGCGGGCCCUCAGCCCCGCCUACUCGUUCGCCGCCGGCCUGGUGCCUGUCUGCUACUAGCUGUCAUCAAUUAGUUGUAGAAGGGGAAUAGGAAUUGGGCACGCACGCCGCCCAUGGUUGGUUGGUUGGUUGCGUGUCGGGCUUGUGCAGCGGAAAGGAGGACGGCAGCGCAAGCAAGGCGACGACUCUACGGCAGGCCGGCUUCCGCUGCCAGGAAAUUUCUUCCGUGUUUUCCUGUAGUUGGUUGUGGCCGUGCUGUGUGACAGACAGAAAUUUCUCCUUUGUUUUUGUUUUCUUCUUUUUCGGUUUAGGGAGAGAGAGAGAGGGAGGGAUAGGUGCCUGUUGGUAAACUGAUGGGCGAUAUGAUGAAAUUGUUCCUGGUAUAUCGAAGUGGUAUAUGCAGAUGAAUGUUACUACUCCGUGAUGAA